CAAUGACGCUGUUCCAUUUCGGAAACUGUUUUGCACUUGCCUACUUUCCAUACUUCAUAACCUAUAAAUGUAGUGGGCUAUCCGAAUACAAUGCAUUUUGGCGUUGCGUCCAGGCUGGAGCUACGUAUUUGUUUGUACAGCUUUGCAAGAUGUUGUUUUUAGCGACUUUUUUCCCGACCUGGGAUGGCGGAGCAGCAGCUUAUGAUUUUGUAGGGGAGUUUAUGAAAGCAACUGUUGAUUUAGCAGAUUUAUUAGGACUGCACCUUGUGAUGUCGCGUAAUGCUGGAAAAGGAGAAUACAAGAUUAUGGUAGCUGCAAUGGGAUGGGCUACUGCAGAGUUGAUUAUGUCCCGAUGCAUCCCCUUGUGGGUAGGGGCACGAGGAAUCGAGUUUGACUGGAAAUACAUUCAGAUGAGCUUUGACUCUAAUAUUAGUUUGGUGCAUUACAUUGCUUUAGCUGCCUUGGUGUGGAUGUUUAGUAGAUACGAUUUACCUAAGCAUUAUCGUCUUCCUGUCACACUACUACUUGGUGUCAGUGUUUAUAAAUCCUUUCUCAUGGAAUCAUUCGUACAAGUAUUUCUGCUGGGAAGCUGGACUGCGUUGUUGGUGAAGGCAGCAAUUACAUUAGUAGUGUCUCUCAGUUCUUUAGUGCUGUUUGUUAGUCUCGUCCAUAGUAAUUAACUGAUUGGCAUACUUUUACUUUACGUGCCAACUGGAUUGUCUGUUAUCGCAUGCUUUUGAUAAAUCGAUUUUUGGGAGUACUUUUUAUUCAGCAGUUCCAAGUACUGCACAAAGAACUGUAUUUAUUUUCCACAGUUAUAAUUUACAUAUCUCUUCCCCUCGUAAGAGCCUUUGGGAUAAAUUCUAAUGAAUGGCCUCAGUUGAAUACAUUGUGGUAAUCAGAAGAGAAAUAUGUGGUGAUAAUGUUGGCUAACAAAAAUGCAUUAAUGAUGAUGGGUAAAGCUUCCUUGUGUAUCUGCUUGUUGGCCAUGGCCUUCUGUUUCCAUUUGGUGCAUAUUGCAUGUGGGCCUUCUGUUUCCAUUUGGUGCAUAUUUCAUGUGUAAAGGUAGAUUGGGAACGUUUCCUAUUUCUGGGGGGAUGCUGUGUGGUGCAGCGUAUUUUGAUUCCAUUCUUCCACACACCAUACUAGACUGCUGUGGCUGCUUUUGAAAGCAGUGGUUACUUUACUGGAAGAGUUUGUAGUGUUAGUGCCUAGAUCUGUACAUUGGAGAGUUGAGGUUUGCACCGUUUGUGUAUGGGAAGGCAGCAGCAAUUUCUUCGUAACGGGAUGCAGUUGUGCAUUUGGGAGAUCUGUGUAAGGUUAACUAAUUUACUCCAGACGUUUUUUUUUUUUAAACAAAAGUACCCUGUGAACUUUACAUUUUUUUUAUUGCCCUCCUUUAGCCCUAAUUUCUGCAGUAGUUUCUUGCCCCUAGAUUCUGUGGCUGCAAGACCAGUGGAUUUCGCAUGACAUCAGUAUUAUUUACAGGAACAGCAGCUGAUAUUUUAAGUGGCUGCAUUGUUUGCAAGCGUAUAUUGAUGUUUUACUUGCCUUUGUAGAAAAGGCUUCAAGUUAUAACAGUAUCAUCUGAAAAUAAAGUAUAUUAAAAUGUUGUGUUAUGCAUUCUAUUGCAUAUACACUGGUAUUAACAUUUUUUUUGUUUCUUGCGACCCUCUAUCUUUUAAAGUCAUAAUAAGAGUGAUGAACCUCUUUACACAGUGAAAAUGAUUCUAAAUACCAGUCUGCUCUGGUCCCUGUUACUCUGAACCAGAUUUAGCUGAUUUGUUAUGGAGUUGCAUGUUUGUUUUAAAAUAAUGUGUGUCAAAUCAGUUUGUUUUGAACAAAUUUCAAUAAAAUUAUUUGCAGUUGA